AUGGCAAGAUCGCGUCGCCUCGCCGUUCUUCUCGUAUCACUCAUACUCUCCCUCGCCUCGCCGUCCUCGGCUGUCGUAACGCUCAACCCCUCGCAAGCGGCGGUGCUGGCGGAGUGUCAGAGGCACUGGCAGGCGCAGCUGCGCGGAUGGAGCAAGGGGGGGGACUGCGCGCAGGUGGAGGGCGUGCGCUGCAAUGCGACAGGCUUCAUCGUCUCCCUGGAAGUGAGUGGCAAGCAGUUGGAGGGACCCAUUCCAGAUGCCAUUGGGAACCUCACCACACUCACCGAACUGCAACUUUCAAGCACCAAGCUCACAGGGUCCCUUCCAGCCACACUGCUUCGCCUCACCCGCUUAGAAGACCUGACUCUCAGUUUCAACACUUUGUCAGGCUCCAUCCCAGAAGCCAUUGCUGACCUGACAGCCCUCUCACGCCUGAAUCUUGGAACUAACAAGAUAAAGGGCUCAAUCCCGUUGGCCAUAUUCCACCUCACCAACCUCGUCUUGUUAGACCUUCAAUGGAAUGUGUUUUCAGGCUCCAUUCCAGAAGCAAUUGCCAACCUCACUCUUCUCUCCUACCUGUCACUUGGCGGCAACAGGCUCACUGGCACAAUUCCUUCAUCCCUCUUCCGCCUCACCAAUCUUGCCAUGUU